UUUCUAUUUAUGUACGAAUAAACUAUAUGCUCCUAUUUAAAUCAGUACAGGGUACGAAUGACUUACAUAUGUAUACAGUAAUGAACACAAAUGCUGGGAUUCCUGCUGUUCCGUAGCUCUAGCUUUUGGCAUCUGAUGAGCCACCACAGCCCAAAGAUUCGCCAUAUAGGUACGUACAACAAUGCUGUAGUGAUUGCGGCUGCCGUGAGGACACCAAGCUUUUCCUUCCUGGCGGAAGAGCAGAAACUGGCAGGCAUGGUUGUGGACGAACUGGUUAAACGUUCCAGCGUGCCACGCGAUGAGUACAACAAACUUAUUCUCUGCUCCUCGUUUAAAACUGAGGCUUCAGCGUGCAGUGAACAGCUUUCCAGUGUUGCCAAAGAACUGGGCCUUAAAUGUGAGACCAUCGCCCUGCAGGACGACGUCUGCUCCAUCAGCGGCCUGCAGAUGACCUUGGACUGUCUGCAGCGCGGAGAAGACCAAUGCAUCAUUACAGGCGACACCCGCUGCCAGGUCGUUCAGCCAGAGUAUGGAGUCCUGGCCAACGAAUUGAUGUCGAUUCAACAGCCCCGGACUCGCCUUCCACCUACUGAAUCAGAACUGACCACUAAAACCGAGUUAGCGCCCACAUUGGGAGCCGCGGCUCUCGCUUGGAUGACUCUACAGGCGGCUCAACGUCUAAGCCUGCAACCUCUCGCCUUAGUGCGUGAGUUUGCCCUGGAAAUGGACCACGAUCAGGCCAUGUACCGCCUGGAUGGUAAGCAACCCAUCUCACCUAGCGAGAUCUUCACCUGGAACAUGGUAACAGGAACGCAGAGUAGAAUACCGGAAAACAUACUGGGUAAACUGCACGCCAAUCGUUUAUGCAUACACGACUUCAAGCAAAUCACAGCAAGCCACCUGCUUACCCACCUGGUCCAUUCUCUUCCCAUGGGUGGUCUCGGCUGCGCCUUCAUGGGCACGACGGAGGGCCGUUAUAUAGUGAUGGUUCUAGAAAAGCUAGUGCCUAGCAUCGAUCAGAUGGAGGGCCUACCCCUGCUCACCUUGUAUACGAGGGAGCCGUGCCCAUUGUGCGAUGAGCUGGUGCAACGGCUAGAGCAUAGCUUCGCAGGCCGAUACCGUUUGGAGAAGGUUUUUAUCGACCGGAAAGAAAACGUUCGGUUCCUGCGCCUGUUUAGGCAUGACAUUCCGGUUUUGUUUCUUAACGGACAGUUCCUCUGCAUGCAUAGGUUGAAUGAAGAUGCCCUAAUAGAGCGACUGGAAUCUCUAAACCAAUCCUGUUGAAAAUCGCUAUCAAAUUGCACAAGGGACACUCAUUUUUCGUGCCUUUUCCCUACAAAUACUUUUAAAUGGAGAGAGGCAAGCCUGAGUUCGAAAUCGGAUCCUAUUGAAAUUAUAAUAAUAAAUUUCGGGUUUAAGACAGUGAAGGCACUGUCAAUGAUAAAGCAAGUUAUAUGUACAUACACUUUUAUGUGCCACUGAGUGGCACUAGUAAAAUUGCAUACAAUUUCUGCUAUAAA